AUGUCGUCUCUGCUCGACGCCGUCAUCCGGUCGGACAACGACCACAAUGAGUCACGCACACCAAUCGUUCAAUCCACCGGCAGAGGCGGCUCCCGUCCGCGGGGCCCGCCCUCUGUGAGCACCCCAGGUCUGGGUAGCGAUGCUUUUGCCUAUGGAGAUGACGAAGUCGUCGGUGUACGAGGCAGCCGCAGAGGCCCAUCCACAGCCGGCCCGCGACCCGAAGUCGAGCAGGUCAUGGACACGACGGCCGAACGACUGUCUCAGGAGUUCGAACACUUUCUCAACACCUUCACCGAGGAGCCCAUCUCGUCGGCCUUGGCUCCUGCCUCCAGUGCUGCCACCACCGACCGCUACUACAUCGAGCAGAUCAAGGGUCUGGCCCGCUACUCGCUGUCCACCCUGUACGUCGACUAUAGACACCUCGAUGCAGCCAAGCCCGUCCUCGCCCAAGCCAUUCAGCAAGACUUCUACCGCUACCACCCCUACAUGAUCCGCGCCCUCCACAACGCAAUCGCUACCCACGCUCCCCGCUACUUCCGCCAACAUCGCCAGCCCGGUUCCUCGGUACCCAACACUUCGGAUGCUUCUGUCGACAGCCACGACGAUUCCACCCUCCACAAGACGUCCAAUCAGCAGACCGACAAGGUCUUUACCCUUGCCUUCUACAACCUCCCUCUGGUCUCGCGCGUCCGUCAGCUGCGUACCAGCCAGAUCGGUUCCCUCUUGUCCAUCUCGGGCACUGUCACCCGCACAUCUGAAGUUCGUCCCGAACUCUCGCUAGCCACCUUCGUUUGUGAGGUCUGCAACACACUUGUCCCCAAUGUUGAGCAAAUCUUCCGCUACUCGGAGCCCACACAAUGUCCCAAUUUGACCUGCGGUAAUCGUCAAGCAUGGCGUCUGGACAUUCGUCAGAGCACCUUUGUCGAUUGGCAGAAAGUUCGCAUCCAAGAAAACAGCUCCGAAAUCCCCACCGGAAGCAUGCCCAGAACCAUGGACGUUAUCUUACGCGGUGAGAUGGUCGACCGCGCAAAGGCCGGUGAAAAGUGCAUCUUCACCGGUACUCUUAUUGUCGUUCCUGAUGUCAGCCAGUUUAGAGUGCCUGGUCAGCGUCCGCAAGCCACUCGUGACACCAGCUCUGCUCCCAGAGGUGCCGAAGCAGGAGGUAGUGGCGUGGGUGGUCUUAAGGCUCUGGGUGUGCGCGAACUCACCUACCGCAUGGCUUUCCUGGCCAACAUGGUCACUCCCGACGCUUCGACUGCUGGCCAAGCAUCCACUCAACAGCUCAGAGGUCAAGCUACAAAUAUCAUGAGCUCGCUCAACCAAGCAAAGAACUCCGAGAUGGACAAGAUUGGUGAGGAGGCUCAGUCCGACUAUCUGGCCUCCCUCAGCCCCAACGAAAUUAAUGAGCUGAAGACCAUGGUCCACAGUCCAAAUAUUUUCAUGCGCUUGAUCGACUCCAUUGCUCCCAUGAUCUAUGGCCACACUGUCGUNAAAAAGGGUCUGCUUUUGCAACUGAUGGGUGGUGUGAGCAAGUCCACUCCCGAAGGAAUGGCCCUCCGUGGAGACAUCAACAUCUGCAUUGUUGGCGAUCCCAGUACCAGCAAGUCACAGUUCCUCAAGUACAUCUGCUCUUUCAUUCCUCGUGCCGUCUACACUUCUGGCAAAGCUUCUUCUGCGGCCGGUCUGACGGCCGCUGUUGUCAAGGACGAAGAAACUGGAGAGUUCACCAUCGAAGCCGGUGCUCUGAUGCUCGCUGACAAUGGAAUUUGCGCCAUUGAUGAGUUUGACAAGAUGGACAUUGCUGAUCAAGUCGCUAUUCACGAAGCCAUGGAACAGCAGACCAUUUCCAUCGCCAAGGCAGGUAUUCAGGCCACCUUGAACGCCCGUACCUCCAUCCUUGCUGCCGCUAACCCUGUGGGUGGCCGUUACAACCGCAAGACUACUCUCCGAGCCAACAUCAACAUGAGUGCUCCUAUCAUGUCUCGUUUCGAUCUCUUCUUUGUUGUUCUCGAUGAAUGCAACGAGGCCGUCGACAAGAAACUGGCACAACACAUCGUGGAUGUUCACCGUCUGCGCGACAGUGCCGUCCAGCCUGAAUUCAGUACCGAGACACUUCAACGCUACAUCCGCUUUGCACGUCUGUUCCAACCAGUCUUUACCGAAGAAGCCAAGGCCACUCUGGUUGAGAGGUACAAGGAGCUGCGAGCCGACGAUUCACAGGGUGGUGUUGGCAAAAACUCCUACAGAAUCACUGUCAGACAGCUUGAAAGCAUGAUUCGCUUGAGUGAAGCCAUUGCAAAGGCAAACUGCGUUGACGAGAUUUCCUCUGAUUUUGUCAAUGAGGCUUUCCAGCUUCUGAGACAGAGUAUCAUUAGUGUCGAAAAAGACGACAUAGAUAUCGAUGACGAGGACAUUGACCAACUCCAAGCGGAUAUCAUCGCGGCUGCUGAGCAGGAUGAGGAGCAAGAUGCUAUCAUGGGUGAUGACGCACCUUCAACGAAACAGAAAACAGUCAUCACAGCCGAAGAAUACCGUGAGAUGGUCAACAGCCUGGUCAGCAGAGUCUACGCGGAUGACAAGCAAGACGGAGAUGGUGUUGGAGAAGAAGAUCUUUUGAACUGGUACGCCGAGUCGAGGGAGGAAGAUCUCGAGAGCCCCGAGGCGAUAGAAGCUAUGAAAGACAAGACAAGGAAGGUCUUGAAGAGAAUGUUGAAGGAUAACAUACUUCUGCGCGUCCGUGGUGAAGUUAUCGCAAACGAGUCUGGCACAAGUUCAGCGCAGAAGGAAAAGCUUCUCUACAUUGUACAUCCCAAUUGCGAUGUUGAAGAGAUGGGUAUUCACGAAAUGUGA